AUGGAGAGCGUAUACGUUUACUUGCAGAUUUUAUUAGGAGUGCUGGUAGUGCAGUCAUGCAUACUUUGUUUGGCACUUCCUCUCUCAAACUUCACAGAUCAAUUGGCUCUCCUCGGCUUCAAGAAUGAGAUCAAGCCUGAUCCAAACAACGUAUUGGGUAGUAAUUGGAGCAGAACUAACAACUUCUGCAGCUGGCUUGGUGUGACCUGCAGUACACGCAGACAAAGAGUCACAGCUUUGGAGCUUCCUCGCAUGGGACUACAAGGAACCAUCUCUCCUUCUGUUGCCAAUCUCUCCUUUCUCGUGACUCUAGAUCUUUCAAACAACAGUUUCCAUGGCACUUUAACACAUGAGAUUGGACGUUUGGGUCGUCUGAAAGAUCGCAUUUUAGAUGAGAACAAGAUGGAAGGAAAAUUGCCCAAAACAUUAAACCAAUGCCAAAAGCUUGAAGUCCUGGGGCUUUUGAACAACAGAUUCAAUGGAGUCAUACAGGAAGAGUUGGGUACAUUGUCCAACCUCUAUUUUCUUGGUCUCACGGGCAAUGAUUUCAUGGGUACUAUCCCAUCUUCUCUAGCCAACAUCUCAACAUUGGAGGUCUUGGCACUUGAAUACAAUGCAUUGACAGCAUCUCUGGUAGUCUUCCAAUGGACAUUUGCCUACUUUGUCCUCAACUUGAAGGACUUUAUCUUUCUUUCAACCAUUUCAGUGGCCAAAUUCCAACCUCGAUACGACGAUAUCUCAUUGAACAACUUAACCGGUACAAUUCCCCCUUCCCUUGGUAAUAUUUCAAGUUUACUUGGGCUUGAGAUUGGAAAUAAUCACCUUCAAGGAGAGAUUCCUGGGGAGAUCUCACAACUUUCGAAUUUAAGGGUACUGAACUUACAUACAAAUAAUCUCACUGGUACUUUUCCGGAGCAAAUGUUUAACAUGUCUGCUCUGCAAUUCCUUGACCUGCCUUCCACUACUCUUGAUAGAAAUCUGCCAUCAACUAUUGGUUUGUGGCUUCCUAAUCUUGAAGAAUUAAAUCUAGAAGACAAUCAGUUGGGUGGAAACAUACCCUUGUAUCUAUCUAACUCUUCUAAGCUCACAAGACUGUCGCUGGCUUACGACUUAUUUACUGGACCAAUACCUCCUAGCUUAGGCAACUUGCAUCUCCUUGGAUCACUCAAUGUGCAAAAAAAUCGUCUCACGGGAGAAAAUAGAAAUGGGGAAAUUACCUUUCUCACUGCUCUGACAAACUGCAAAUCUUUGGAAAAGUUGGUCUUCUAG